GACGGAAGCGACAUAAAUAGUGAAUAAGUUAAGGCGGAAGCAUCGUGCUCGUCGCGCAGCGAUGGAGGGUCGUGGUGCGUUUACAUCCCGUCAAAGUUGACCUCGGUAAACACCCGUCGGCGGCCGGUCGACGGCAUCGCGCCUCCGCUGAACACGUUCGACUGUUGAAACAUUUGGCUGCUGCACGUUGUCGAGGUCGACGGCGAAAUGGAAGGCGUCGCUGUCGACGACGCCUCGAGCACGCAGAACUUGCGCAGGACGGCGAGCGGAGGCGACGACGCAGGUAGCACGGACGCGCUCGAGUUGGUUGUGUCCAGCUUGGUCACUUUGACAGGAUAGCUGUGCGACCCACCAAACUUGGACCCGUUCACGACGAGGCAGUCGGGUUGUUGUUGGUUGUGUGUGAGCAGGAGCGAUGGGAGGCUAAGUUGGCGCUUGAGACCGACGCGGCCAGCCGCGUCGUCCCGCCACUCGAGGAACGCUUUCAGGACCGCGUCGACACGUGGUCGGAGGAGGCACGCAUCGGCGUGGUCGGACGUUGGGUGAACCAUGUCGACGAUCUUCAGGAGGAACUUGUUGAGGUUCUCGAGCUUGUCUGUGUUGCGGGCAUCUAGCAGCGGCGACAGCGACGCCACCGCGCAUCGAAUGCUGCACUCUUGAGCGCAUGACAUCUUGGCCGUGGCAUCGACGACGGCUUGAAACAUCUGGACAAAGUCGCCAUGGCACUUGUACGUGUACCAGAGCGUCGCCGGCAGCUUGUGCUCGACUUUGACACAGACAACGUACUUUUCUCGAUGUGGCGCGGCCGCGCCAAUGCACGAUGUGACGGAUGCGAGGAGGUGGUGUGGAUUUGUCGACAGGCCCAUGCACAACUUGCAAAUGUGGCACGGUGGAACGGCGUGGACGGUAAGAUGCGUGGCAGAUGCGUCGGUCGGGCAGAGAACUCGCUCGACGGGACCACGUGUGCGACGUGUGCUGCGGCAGAACGGGCCGAUUUCGAAAUGGCGGGCAAGCGUGAACGAGUCGGCGUGCCACAUGGCUAGAGACUGCUACUGGACACCAUAGAACGCGCCAGUCUGUCGACGCCUGAGUCGGUUGGCACCAGCCAAAUUCCACUGUGGUCGCCGUGUGCGUCGUGAUUGGCGCCAUCCAUUCCCCAGCCCAGUCACGCUGCAACAGAUGGCGAUGGCCGAGCGUAGUCGCGACGGAGGGUGGAUGGCACGUCGACGAUGUGGCCAGUCCAGGCCCACC